UUGGGUAUAAGACUAAAAAAAUAUUAUUUAUUGGUAUUCGAAAUCGAUAUUGCGUAAUUUGCCAGAGAAUUAAAAAUAAGAAAACCGAAGGUUCUACUAACCAUACAUGCUUUAUGAACUGGUCAAAAGGAGCAACUAGCAUAGAAGCAGAUGCGGUAGCUGAAGGUUUCAAAAAAAGUGUAGAAAUGCAUGGGUUAAAAUAUAAUAAAUUAAUUGGAGAUGGAGAUUCUAGUGUUACUAAAAGGCUACAAGAGGUAAUGCCAUACGGUCCAAAUUUUUUUAUUCAAAAAAUUGAGUGCCGUAACCAUUUAUUACGGAAUUAUGGCACAAAAUUGACAGGAAUAGUAAAAAAUACGAAAUAUCCAAUUUCAAUCAGGAACCAUAUAAAAAAAAAUCCCGUACGAUUUCGGAGUGCCAUAACUAAGGCCAUGGAUUACCGCAGCAAGUUGCAAUAUGAGACAGAAGAAGAGAAAAUAUUUGGUAAACGAAUUUAUUUUCCAUACAAAAUAAUGUAAAAUAAAAAUGUA